AUGAGGCUUCAUUGGUGCACCUUCAUUGCUCACGCCAUCCUGGCGCUCUGCUCCAUUGUUCCCCGCCAAGAUGUUGGCCGUUCCACGUUCAAUUUUAAUUCGGACUGGCGUAUCUACCGAGGAGAAAUCGACGAACCUUACAAGAUCGACUUUGACGAUGGGGACUGGGAAUCUGUUACACUCCCGCAUGCAUGGAACGAAGAUGACGCUUUCAAAGAGGACAUCAAGAACCUCGGAACUGGAAUCGCGUGGUACCGCAAGGAGUUUACGCUCCCAGCCGGCUCCGAUGACAAGAAGGUCUAUCUGGAGUUUGAAGGCAUUCGACAAGGCGGAGAGUUCUACUUCAAUGAGAAGUGGGUUGGACGCAGUGAAAACGGCGUCUCGGCCUUCGGCUUCGACGUUACCGAUCUCGUUCAGCUCAAUGGUACCAAUGUGGUCGCAGCCAUGACCGACAACAGAUGGCUCUACACCGAGAAGGAGACCGACACCAAGUUUCAGUGGCACGACAAGAACUUCAACGCCAACUACGGCGGCAUCAACAAAAACGUCUACCUCCACGUCACCAACCCUUUGCAUCAGACGUUGCCCCUGUACUCCAGCCUCAACACCACCGGAGUCUACGUCUAUGCGGAUGACAUCGACGUCGCCAAGAAGUCUGCUACUAUUCAUGCAGAGUCAGAGGUCAAGAACGCCGCCUCUAAGUCUGCCGAGUUCGAAUACCGCGUGACCGUCAAGAACCCCGAAGGAAAGGUGGUGGCCGAUUUCUCAGGUGGCAAGCAUACAGUAGCCGCCAACGAAACAGUCACAGUCAAAGCAUCUCAGGAGGGCUCUAACCUCAAUUUCUGGAGCUGGGGCUACGGGUACUUGUACACUGUAGACACGUCUCUGGUGGUCGAUGGGAAGCUCGUCGACACUAUCACUACCAAGACUGGCUUUCGCAAGACCGAAUUCGCAGAUGGCAUGGUCAAGCUCAACGAUCGGACCCUGCAGGUUAAGGGGUACGCCCAACGCACUACGAAUGAGUGGCCUGCGGUUGGAAAUGCUGUCCCCCCUUGGCUCUCCGACUUCUCAAACAAUCUCAUCCUUGGCAGCAACGGUAACUUGGUUCGUUGGAUGCACACCGCUCCCUGGAGACAAGACGUCCUGUCUUGUGACCGCAUUGGGCUGCUCCAGUCCGUUCCAGCCGGGGACUCGGAGAAAGAUGCCGAGGGUCGGCAGUGGGAGCAGAGAGUUGAACUCAUGAGAGACGUUGUCGUCUACUACCGCAACAACCCCAGCGUCAUUUUCUACGAGUCUGGUAACGAGGAUAUCAGCGAGGAGCACAUGUCAGAGAUGAAGGCCAUUCGAGACCAGUUUGAUCCCAAAGGCGGACGUGCAGCUGGCUCUCGCGAGAUGCUCGACAGCACCGUUGCCGAGUACGGCGGUGAAAUGCUUUACAUCAACAAAGGCGCCAACAUCCCUUUCUGGGCUAUGGAGUAUUCUCGGGACGAGAACCUACGGAAGUACUGGGACAACUACACACCUCCCUACCACCCAGACGGCGAAGGACCUCUGUACAACGACGCGGACGCAAGCGCAUACAACCGGAACCAGGACUCAAUGGCCGUCGAAAACGUGCAACGCUGGGUCGACUACUACGUCAACCGUCCCGGAACGGGCAAGCGAGUCAGCUCUGGAGGUGUCAACAUAAUCUUUUCCGACAGCAACACCCAUCACCGCGGUGCGGAGAACUACCGCCGCUCAGGAGAAGUCGACGCGAUGAGAAUACCCAAGGAUGCGUACCACUCGCACCGCGUCAUGUGGAACAACUGGGUCGACUUGGAGACCACCGACAUUCAUAUUGUCGGCCACUGGAACUACAACGAGACUACGGUCAAGAACAUCACUGUUGUCUCCAGCGCGGCGAAGGUCGAGCUCUUCCUCAACGACAAGAGCCUGGGCUUCGGCAUCCAGUCCGACGUUUUCCUCUUCACAUUCGUCGACGUCGGUUGGAAAGCCGGUACUCUGAAGGCUGUCGGCUACGAUGACAAAGGCAAGAGCGCAGCGACGGAUGUCAGAGAGACUAGCGGGACGCCAGCCGCGAUAAAACUGACAUCGAAGAUUUCCCCUUCCGGAUUCGUUGCUGAUGGUGCGGACCUGGCUUUGGUCGAUGUCGAGGUGGUUGACUCCGAGGGCAGAAGAUGUCCGACUGCACUCAAUCUCAUCCAAUUCAGCCUUGACGGGGAGGCUACUUGGCGCGGCGGUAUCGCCCAGGGCGACGAAAAUUACAUUCUCUCGAAAGAUCUACCAGUCGAGAACGGCGUCAACAGAGUUAUGAUCAGGUCUACCACCAAGGCCGGAAAGAUCACCGUAGGAGCCACUUCUGAUGGCCUGAAGGGAGCCGAGGUUCAACUGGAGACUAAAUCGUUCAAGACCGAAGGGGGACUCGCUGCAUCAAUUCCCGGUGCCGAUCUUGCUGCGAGCUUAGCCCGAGGGCCGACGCCGAAGGGCGAGUCUUACAAGGAGAAACGCAUCGCGCUUGAAGUUUCGAAGGCAGAGGCAGGCUCUUCGGUCGAUUCGACCCCGGAAAGGUCGUACGACGACAACGAGUUGACCUCAUGGACCAGUGAGAGUGAUGAGAGUGUUGCCUGGAUCAAAUACAGCCUAGCUGCGGAAGCAGAGGUCUACUCGGUUGUGCUCAAGUUGAAGAACUUCAACAAAAGCACCUACGACCUGAAGAUCCAGGUCGGCGACAAUGUGGUUUGGGAGGGAACUACCAAGACAACUUUGGGUUAUGAAAUCAUCGAGUUCAAGCCAACCCUUGGGUCGACGGUUACAAUCACGAGGACCGACGGUGCUUUGGCAAUCACCGAGGCGGAGCUUUACGCGCCCGUCGACUGA